AUGGUCCGUAAGCAUAGGAAUGAUGAACCGUGUGAUAAGAAUAUCAUUAGUGUUACUAGUGAGAAUGUCGACGAGGAGGAGUUUGAACACAAUUAUGUCCACCAAAUUUAUAAAAACAUCGCCACUCACUUUUCACACACCAGAUAUGGAUGUUGGGGUAAUGUAGUGAAGGUAAUUGAGAGUGUCCGACCAUCGAGUGUGAUUUUGGAUGUCGGCUGUGGUAAUGGAAAGUAUUUAAGUACCAGGACUGACUGUUACUUUAUUGGCGUUGACAUUUGUUCCGAAUUACUCCAUCUCGCACGGGAAAAACAUGUCAACAGUAACUUCUCACUUGUCAUUUCCAACGCCCUGAAAUUACCCUUUAAAGAUAACUUCGCCAAUCUCACACUCGCAAUCGCAAUCAUACAUCACCUGUCCACCACUCAGCGGAGGCUUGAGGUAAUACGGGAAUUAAUACGUUGCACACGCACCGGUGGGAUUAUCCUAAUAUACCUCUGGUCGUUUGAGCAGGAUGCGAGUUACGUUGGGUAUAGGGAGUUUAGGUCACAGGACGUGCUGGUGCCUUGGAACUUGCAGCAAAAGUACUCUCCCACUAAGGACCUGCACUUUAAACGCUACUAUCACCUGUUUAACAGAGAUGAAGUUGAUCACAUCUGCCAACACUUUGAUAAACUCGUAAACUCCACAGUUUACACAGACUGCAAUAACUACGUCAUCCAAAUGCUUAAAAUAUAAUUCAAUACAUAAUACGUAAUUUGGAAAUAAACAUUUUUAUCAGGUUGCAAAUAGAAUUCUCUAUUGUUUGAUAAGUUAUCAUUUGAUAAGUUAUUGUUUGAUAAGUUGUUAUUUGAUAAAUUAUUUGAUAAGAUGUUUGAGAUCAUCUUGGAGGUUUUUCUUGUGUUUUCGCAGGUAGUUGACUUGGUUGAUAAAUUUAUUCUUCUCCUGCAGCUGCUUUGAUCUUUUAUCUUUUCCAGCUUUUUUCAUCUUUUUAAUCAUUUUACGGUUUUUAGUUUGAAGUUUGAGUUUAUUUUCCUGUGCUCUGUGCUCAAUUUGCCUCAUUAUCCUGCCCAUUUGCUCGUCACUCUUCAUCAUCUCCGCAUAGAAAUCCGUCGGCCUAUUAAACGCAAUUCCCAUUCUCUACAACAUAAAUUAGUAGUUACACACGUAAUUCUAUGAUUAAUUGUGGAUUC